GGCUUGGGCCUCGCGGGCCGCCGUCUGCGCUAUAAAGGGCGCGGCUCGCGGUCUCGCGGUCUUUCCGGCGGCGGGAGCGGCGCGGAGGUCCGGGGCGUGCGGGAGGCAGGAGCCGGCGCAGGACCCAGGCGGGAAGUUGGGAGCUCGGUGCGGCGGCAGCCGGACAAGAUGGAGCCACUUGCUCACGGCGAGGACCCCCCGUUCCAGUCUGGGCGGUCGGUUCCUGCCGGCGGGGACAGACUGCCCAGGAGCCCCGUCCUUCCCGAGAGCGAGGACUCGCCCGCCGUUCCAACCGUCGCUGUGGGGAGGAGUGGCCUGGCCGGGAUUUCCAAGGUGCAGGCUCUGGCCACCAGCAGGAGGCCGAGUCCUCACAAUGCCUGGCCGCCUGCCGCAGCACGCGGUGCUCCUGGGAGGGGCAGGAAGUGUGGUCCUGGCCCGGUGGCCCUCGGUCCAGACGGGGCUGCUGCUGGCCCUACCCGGCCCCCGGCCUCGGGUCCGGGGUGCGGGGCCCGCGGCACAGACGGCCCGGCUCGCCGCACGGCGGGGGCACCUGUGCUGCUGCCCGUGGCGUCUGCGCAGCGAGAGGCCCAGAGGCGGCGCGGGCCCAGGGGCCCGGAGGCCCCCAUGCCCGUUGAAAGGUGGCAAGGGCUGCUGUUGGCACUGUCUUGGCGAAGGUGGCGCUGUGCUGGGUGACUCCACCUCCAAUAAAGGAAACACGCCUGUUCACAGGGAUGGUCCACUGAGCGGAGGAGCCUGGGGGUGAUGGUUCUCUCGCUUUGGGGGACGUCCCGUGUUUGAGCCGCCCUGUGUGAGGGUCUCUGGCCAGUUUCAGUGAGGUGUCACCGUGCCUGUGGAAGGACAGGCUGCCGGUUGGGGUGGCGGGGACAGCCAAGCAGCCCCAGACAAGCUUGCUGGCGAGGCGGGUUCCCUCGGGUGGUGGGUCCUGGAGGGCAGCUGGGCUUCACAGAGAAGCCUGGCCACUCCCCCCUCCGUGCCCUGUGCCUUGUGGGUCCAGAGAGGCCAGUCGGCUGCCAUACCACUCUCCACUCACAGGUUCUGGGUGGCCAGGGCACUGCAGUCUGACCCUCAGGCCAGGUCCUCCCGGACUGAAGGCACCACAGCAUUGCUGGGGCUGCCCCAAGAAGGUUCUAGUCUGCACAGCCCACUGGGCGUCUCCUGCCCAGUCCUGUGCCUCUUCCUGGCCUGACCUUGUCCGGUCCCACGUUUGAUUCCGGUCGGGCAUAUACCUUGGCUGCAGGCACAUCCCCGUUGGGGUCAUGCAGGAGGCAGCUGGUUGAUGUUUCUCAUUGAUGUUUCUGGCUCUGUCCCUCUCCCUCUCUGUAAAAAAAUCAAAAUAUAUUUUUUAAAAAUUGGAAAAUCAAAAUUUCCAAUAGUCUAUUGAUGGAAAUGCACAUCUAGCCUGGCCAGCGUGGCUCAGUGGUUGAUGUCAAUCUGUGGUCCUGGAGGCGACAGUUAGGUUCCCAGUCAGGUUGCAGGUUUGAUCCCGUUUGUGUGUGGGGGGGGGGGGGAUGGGACACCAAU